UUAAACCUUCCUUCAAAAUAAAGAAAAGAAAACGAGUCCAACAAAUUCCUGAAUUCUGACUCUAGUCUCAUCGCCCCCAAAACUGCCUAAAAACAGGAGAGAGAAAAACUAAACCCAGGCGAAACAAACACAAAACACAAACACAGCUAAAACUAAUAUAGUCUAAUACUACGACAGUUCCAACAAAAACUCCAUUGUUGUUGCAGAAAAAAGCUCGAAGAAAUUGAUAAUGGAGGAAGAAAAUAGUGAAAAUAGCAACGGAACAGUUGAUACAGGGAAAGCGGAAGGAUCGGUUUGGUUGAUGAAAUGUCCACUCGUCAUAUCAAAAUCUUGGCAAGCACGCGCUUCUUCUUCCGAUCCUCAACCUUUAGCGAAAGUUGUUCUUUCGCUUGAUCCUCUUCGUCCUGAUGAUUCUUCCGCCGUCCAGUUUACAAUGGAGAUGAAUGGCUCCGAUGUCGGUCCUAGGAGCUACUCCCUAAAUAUGUUUAAGGACUUUGUUCCGAUGUGUAUAUUUGCCGAGUCCAAUCCAGGUAAGGUAUCGGUGGAAGGCAAAGUUGAGCAUAAAUUUGACAUGAAGCCCCAUAAUGAAAAUUUUGAGGAGUACGGAAGAUUGUGCCGUGAAAGGACUAACAAGUCCAUGAUUAAAAACAGACAGAUUCAGGUAAUUGAUAAUGAUCGUGGUGUGCACAUGCGGCCUAUGCCUGGAUUGGUAGGACUUGGUGCUAAUGCUAAGGAGAAGAGAAAGGCAGCACCAGUUAAGCCACCAGAGAUGAAGAGAACAAGAAGGGAUCGUGGAGAAUUGGAGGAUAUCAUGUUUAAGCUAUUUGAAAGGAAACCUAACUGGGCACUGAAGCAAUUGGUCCAAGAGACAGAUCAACCUGCUCAAUUUUUGAAAGAGAUACUGAAUGAGCUGUGUGUGUACAACAAAAGAGGAACGAAUCAAGGUACGUACGAGCUUAAGCCUGAAUACAAGAAAGCAGUGGAUAAUACUGGAGGCGACUAAGUCGUCUUCUUUUGCUGUACACUUCUGUGUAUCAUGGAGCUGACACUUACCGCAACAGAAAUUUCUCAACCCUACCUUAGUGUUUGGAGGUGCGGUAGAACUGCUUCAUCUUGCGGUAUCUGAUUUCUCCGAAGUUCAUGAAUAGACUUGGCAGACAAAUAGUAACCUCAUGUCGCGCUUGCAUACACAAGAAUCCUAUAUAUCUAGUACCUACACUCGUGAUCGUAAUGCAUGUAUAUUUUACCUGUCUUUUAUUUCCUUCCUACUCUUUCUCUAUUUUUUUUUUUUUUUAAAAAGUUCUUCUAUGGGUUUGUCCUUUUAGUCAUACCAGGGGUACAUCUUGGCAAAAGCUUCUUUAUUUUACAUUCACAAUAUAUGUAUUAAGUUAGAGAUAA